GCGGGGGCUCGGGGCGGAGCUUGCCGCCGGCGGAGGGCGGGGUCCGCGCGGGGACUUCCCCUGGGCUGAGCGGUGCUGCGGGCUUUUGGCCAAAUUGGGCGAGGGCACAAAAUAGCCACUUACCCCUUCUCACCGAGGAAGAGCGGGAGAAAGGGUAUGGCACAGUCACAAGGGUGGGUGAAAAGAUCCUUCAAGGCCUUUUGUAAAGGCUUCUUUGUGGCAGUGCCUGUGGCCGUGACUUUCUUGGAUCGGGUCGCCUGUGUAGCAAGAGUGGAAGGAGCAUCAAUGCAGCCUUCUUUGAAUCCUGGGGGGAGCCAGUCAUCUGAUGUGGUACUGCUGAACCACUGGAAAGUGAGGAAUUUUGAAGUACAACGUGGUGACAUUGUAUCAUUGGUGUCUCCUAAAAACCCAGAACAGAAGAUUAUUAAGAGAGUGAUUGCCCUUGAAGGGGAUAUUGUAAGAACCAUUGGACACAAAAAUCGGUAUGUCAAAGUCCCCCGUGGUCACAUCUGGGUUGAAGGUGAUCAUCAUGGACACAGUUUUGACAGUAACUCUUUUGGGCCGGUUUGUGAUCAUAGUGUCACCUUGUGAGCAAUUUGUGUGCAGGGACCAUGAAGCAGAACUGAACAAUUUGGAUGCAGAAACUAUGCAUGAUAUACUGCCUGUAUCUGAGAAUGGAAACUGCAAGUUAUACUAAACAUGAAAUCUUUUUAGUUCCAAGUCCCUUGGAAAAGAGCUAAUUCAAUCACUUAUUUCAUUGAUACCUAAUUAAAUAAAAUAUUAGCUGCCUAGAGUAUUUCUUGAAGGAAAUAUGCCUAAUAGAAAAUGAAAGAUUUAAUAAUAAAUGACCAUUACAAAUAUUGUUUAUUAAUGAAAUGAGCUGAUGGUCUGAAAGUGAUGAUAUAUAUAAAUGUAUGGAAAAUGAGGAUUAAAAUCUCAUAGAAUUCCUUUUGAAGUUUAUGAAGUACAAAAAAAGUUUUUCAUUUUUUAAAAACUAGUGAAAAAGCAAAGGAGAAAAGCAAAAUUCAUGUUUUCAUAUCAUGCAAAGCCUUUCAUUUAUCCCUUCAAGACACAUUUUUGAGCAUCUGCUGUUUGUCCACCUUGAUUUUGGUCUGUGGAUCCUGACGGGUGGAAGGGAUCUGGAGAAUAAGACUUUUAUUAACUGGAGAGAGAUUGCUAGAUUAGGUGCUGUACGUGGGAAAUGGACAUUGUAAGAGGUUUAGUAUCUAGUCAUACUUGUUUUGAAUUUUUUCCCUAUGUUGUGCGUUUUUGGUUAAAAAAAUACAAUAUGUGUUAACUAGGGCAGCAAGAAUAAGAUUGUUGGAGUUGUAGGCAGUUGUAGGAAGGAUGAAAGGAAGGGACUUUUUGAUAUUAGACCACAUAACAAAGAGAGGAAUUGGAAUGGAGUUUUGGGAAAUAUUUAAAAUAAUUAGAGAUCAUAAGGGCAGAGAUUCAAGUCAUGAAUAAUAAGGUGUACACUGAACCUGUGAGUCUUUGUAAUCCUUUGGACACUGUCACCAAGUAUGAAAAAAAUGUCCUGACGCCCAUAAGGAGCAGGUAAAGAGGGUCAAUAGAUACAACAGUGACUGAUGUAUAAUCCCCACCCUCCAGAAAGGAUAGAACAGAGGGGAGGCUCACAAUGGGCCAUCACAGCAGAGUGUAACCAGUACUCUAGGCGGGGGUAUGGCAGAGCCUUUUACAGGAGUAGAGCAUUUGUGUACUACAGACUCAUACGAAAAACCUGUGCAACCUCCUCAGUGGAUUUGGUAGAACAGUGUUCUAAAAUCAGUGAGAAUAAUAACUAUCUGGCAAAAUUUUACGGCACUCUAGAUGCUGUACGUUUUGUGAAUGGAGUGAUUUUAUGCCUGCAGUGGGUAAGGGGUUUCACCUGCAUUGAACAUAUUCUGCUUACACAGUACAGAAUAAUCUUGUGGACAUAUGAGAAUAAAUUGACAUUUCAUUUUAUUUAUUGUUGAUGUGUAAUAUUUUCCUUGUGUAAGUUCUCAAGAGCAGUUAGAGUAGCUUUUAUUUAAAAUCAGCCAUUUUCAAAUAAAGAAAAAGAUCUUUAGACUGUGUUGACAAGCUCCACAUAAAGUGUUCUAUUCACACUUUCUUUGAAAAAUGUUGCUUAGACUUUAAUUGGUUUUAGUUUCUUAUUGUCUUGUAAUACAUGCUUAUUCAUUAAAAAUUUUUGUUGGGUACUAAAAUAAUGUAUAUUUUAUAGAAAAAUAAUGGUAAGACCAAUCCUUUGGUUCUUGAAGUCAUAAAGUCUUACCUUGGUGUUUUUCUUCCGUUGUUUCUCACAGUCACCUUCAACAGUGCUAGAACCUCACAAUGCCACAUAUUUUACUUAAAUAUAAUUUUUAUUUAACUGGUAUAGACAAAGGCAUGCAUUUCAUAAAAAGAUCAAAACCAAUUAAAAGAGGUGCCAUAUUAAUGAAAAUAUCUGUAUAUUCAAAGAUAGCUAAGUCUCAGAAGAAAGCCCAUUCUAUAAAGCAAUGUUUAAGAGCAAGAAAUGCCCACACAGCAAAAAGAAACAAAAAGCCCCUCAGGAUUAGCUUUUCUAUUAGUUGGAUUUGUUGCUGUACAGUUAGGAUAUUAAAAAAUAUGUUUUUAAAAAGAGGUAAUGGAAGCAUAACAUAGUGGUAAAGUAAACAAUGUCACUCCUACCCCCAAGACCAGAGAUUAUCUAAGCUUCUAUUUCCACCAAAUCAAAUUUUGUCCUCUGUAUUAAUUAUUCUGCUAGUGUAAAAAUCAUUUUCCACAUGAUUUCAUUUUCUGAUAGGAGAAUGUCAGCAGAAUUGUCAUUAGACUCCAUUACUAUGGCAGAUACUAUUCCUUUGGGCCGUUUAGUUACAGAAUUAAGUAUGUUCAUUUUAUUAGAAAUGUAUAUUUACUGACAGUGGUUAAGUAGCCACGAUUUAGUGAAAUAUAUGCUGGAUUAUUAGUUUAGCAAUUUAAUAAGCUCUUAGAAUUUUUUUAAGUAGAGUCAGAGCCUUUAUCUUACUUGUAAGAUAAAAUAAAAAAUAUUUUGGGCCCAUAAGAAAUAAAAAGAACCUUGCUGUUAAGCAUACUGUGUGAUUCAGGGUUUGAGAUUGAAUUGCCUCAUUUACAUGGACAUGUAUUUAUAAAAUGUUUGGUGAAUGAUUGUUUUGCUCUCUACUUCUCUUAAUAAACACCAAACUAUGAAAAUGACUUUAUAAACACCAAACUAUGUGUUUGGUGAGCUUUUGACUGAGCUUCUGGGAGAUAACAUUCCUUGGACAUUUUUAAUUUUCCUAAAGCUUCUUGGGUAAUCUUAAAAAUUUUGUUCUGAGUCAGUAUCUUAUUGGUUAUAUUUACUGAAAUGACUUGCAACAGAAAUACAAGACCAGUUUGAUUGCGAGUGACUUGGGUGAUUAUUUUCUGUAUAAUGGAGCCAAUUAUGAAGCCUAUAGUAAAUCACAACAACUCCAUUUUUAGAUAUUAUCCAUAGGAAGAUUCAUGUGAUAUAAUGGAAUAUUCAUAUUUGUCUAACUUAGUGUAUUGAUCAAGUAAAAAUGCAAUUUUUUAUCACGGUAGUCAAAAUCAAAGCCAUGAGGUAUAUCCUAUUAAUAGGGCAUCACAAACAACCUGGCUUUUGCACUAAAUAGAAGUGAUUUCUGUAGAAUGAUUCCUGGAUAAUUCUGCUCCAAACCAUUCUUCUAUCACUAAGGAUUUAUUCCAAAAAGAACUCUGAUUAUAGCAUUCUAUUUCUUAAAACAAUAUCAUCAACCUGUGGCACCUAUUAUACUCAUUGGAGAAAUGUUACAAGCCUUCCCUUUAAAUCAGAAGCACAACAAUAAAGCCCACUUUUACCACUUCUGUUUGACAUUAUGCUAAAGGUCAUUGCCAGUGCAGAGUAAGACAGUAAAGAGAAAUGAAAGAUGUAGAAAUAGGAGAGGAAGAUUCCAAACUUUAUAUUUCUUAAGUAUGAUAUUCUUCACUUAGAAAACCCAGGAGUAAUCUGUAGAACUGUUAAAACAGUUAAUGCAAAUUUAUUAGUUUAAUAGUUAUCCGUACUCGAGCAUGGCUAGGUGUCAUCAACAAAUAAAAAACAUCCUUUUAAAGAAUUCACCAUUUAAAAUAACAAUAAAAAUUUAGGAUAUUGGCUACUUCUGGAAAGGAUGGGAGUGAAUGUGAGUGGGAGGAGGGUACAGGGACAACAACUUGUACUUAUAUCUUAAUUAAGUUGGUGAGUAUACCGGCAUUCAUUAUAUUAUGCUUUAUACCUUUUAUGUCUGAAAUAUAAUAUAAUAGAAUAUUUUUCAAAGCUGCAUAAGUAAAAAUAUUAAAAGUUAGCAUCAGUGACUAUAUUACUCAGGUCUUUCCCUAAUAUUAGGGCGUGGAAGUCCAUAUACCACGUCUGAAUAUUCAAUAGCUACAAAUCAAGUGUUAAAUGAAAUAUGUUACUUUUUCUUAAUUUGAUAAGUAUACCUCUAUAUGGCUAAAACCAGCAAACAUAUCAAAGAUCACUGAAUUAUUGUUAUUAGUCUGAAUAUUCUGUUUGAAAGGUCUGUGAUGUUUGGAAGAGUAAUAACAUAAAAAUAUAUAAUUCAUAAAUUAUUUAUAAUUUUUUUCUGGCCUCCAUUUCAGCAAAAUCAUGUCAUUAUAAUAAAGAUUCUCAUAUAAUUUGCAUUCCAUUGACAACAAUUAUAUAAAGAGUUAAGAUGUAAUUGUA